AAUCCAAUCCAAUCCGUGAGAGCAGAAAUGGCGGUGCGGGGGGCGAUGGGUUCGCUGACGUUGGUCUGCAUUUUACUUCUACUCGUGGAGAAAAGCAGCGCCCAGUACGAGGAUGUGCGCUGUAAGUGCAUCUGCCCAAGCACGGCCGUCGUCAGCGGCGGCAUCCAAACCAACAGGAAGCUGUACAUCAUGAACGUCCCUCCACGGAGAUGCAACUGCGAGGGGGCCAUCCUGCCCCAGGCGACGGACAUCAAGGGCCGGGAGAGCGAGUUCUGCCCCCGGUGCAUGUGCCGCUACGAGCGGCGCAACACGACCACCAUCCGGGUGCUGGUCAUCCUCAUCAUCUGGGUCAUCUCCCUGCUCACGGUCUACAUGCUCUUCCUCAUGUGCCUGGACCCGCUGCUCAACAAGCGCAGGGCCGCCUACCAGGAGCACGUCAACGAAGAGGUCAACUUGGACGAGGCUCUCCCGAUGCAGCAGCGCACGCGUCGCUCGAGCAGCAGCGUGCUGAACAAGGUGGGCCAGCAGCAGGACAAGUGGAAGCGCCAGGUGCAAGAACAACGCAGGAACAUCUACGACAAGCACACCAUGCUUAACUGAGAGCCCCUGCUCCGGGCCUUGCCACGGGGACUUUUUGCCCUCCACCCGCCUUUCUAUAUUCGAAAUCGACUUUUUUGCGUCGUGUCAUCGAGGUUAGUGUGGCGCAUUUGCUCGAGUAAUAACUGCACUGCUUGUGAACAAAGCCUGCACGUCCACUUUCCCGCUCGGCGUGCGGGCGGCCAAUCGUCGCAAUUGACAGAAGGAGCCCGGCGAUAUCCUGCAGAUUGCCUUUUUUGAGAGGAAUCACUAGCUCGUUAUUUGUUACAUUUCUUACGUAGAAUGUGACGAUUGGCUGCGGGUGUACCCUGUGGAUGUGCAGGGCCUGUUUACUAGCGGCGUGUCGACUACUUGAGUAAAUACAGUCGUUUUCGUGCUGCUUCGAUGCUGUCGCAGUUACGCGCACAAGCAUACUUCUUGGUUUGGCAUCUUUUUUGCGCACGCGUGUGAACGAGACGCAGGGUGAAGCCACGCAUUCUUGUGCAGCUGUGCGGGGCUGCAGCACCAUGAAGAUUAUGCUAUUUUCAAUAACCUAGCACAAAAAGUUGGCACAAAGUUCAGUGGCAGUUGUACGGGUCAUGUGGCCUACUGCGGGAGGCAUCUUUCUGAACUCUUGAGACGUUAUUAAUAUUCUGUGAAACUCUUUCUUUGUGGAUUAAGCUAAUUAAUGGGAAGAAAGGGGCUUCGGGGUUUAAAUUGCACUUUACCUAGUCACUUUUCUGUGGGCGGCAACACCGCUUUCGUGUGGCGAUGCGGUGCUCAAGUGAGCACAGUUGUCUGUAAUGAAUGAUUUCUUGAAUGGUGCAUUAUCCUCGUGGUUUGCUCCAUCUUAAUUAUUUGGUUGUGCACCGGCUGUACGCAACUAUGGUGCGGUGCCCCCAUGGUUUGUUUGCACGUGGCCAUUUUUGUUUACCAAACUUGUUUUGACGGGGCAUUCCUCGGGUUCACAUCCGACGAGUCUAAGGGGAAUACGAUAAGGACUGUGAAGGUUGCUGCAUGCUGUAAAUAGUUGUACAGUAUCACUUUAAAUAUAUUAAUUGUUGCACGUGAGGUAGUCUUUGAUGAAAAUAGUUGUACAGUAACUCUCUAAAUACCUACAUCGAUUGCUGGGUGUAAAUGAGCGUUUUGAUUGAAAUAAAAUUUGAAGUCUUUUGAGAU